UUUCUACGAUUUCCCUUUCCUCAUUGCUGAUGACUUAUUAGCCUGAAUAAUGCGUUCAAUAUGUGUCGGCAUCGAUUCUUAGCAUGGCGUUUGGGAUGGAUUAAAAGUUUUGACUUCCCUAUGGAUUGGAGAUGUACAUGCGAAGUGGCUGUGAGUAAAGUGCGCAUCUUUCUUUCAUCUUUUGCACCGUAUUUCAUUAUAUUCCAUACCAAAGAUGAGUCCGCUGGGGCCAGAGGAAAGCAAGACUCGACCUUGGUCGAUGUCAUGCCAUGCCUUCAAAAACCAGCGUAAUCAAUAUCUUCUCACCUCUCUGAAGCAAUAAGCAACCAUCCCUGUCUGUAGAGCACUGCCGC